ACACACACACACACACACACACACACACAUAACCGUUAUGUUCGUACAUUUUAUUCAAUAUUUAGAGUGUGUUGAAACUCAAAAAUACAUUCCAGAGUUUAAUGAAUACUAAUUCUACAAAACUACAGGGUAAUAAUACUUGAAAUACUAUUUAGUCUUUUCAUGUAAAAUACUGGGGUUGAACAGCAAAUGGAACCCAAGCAUGCAACGUGCCAUGUUCUGGAUGGAUACUUGCCCGUUCCUCAGUGAUUACCUCCUUGAAUUCCUGCAAGGAAGUCUGUGAAACAUGUUCUUGUGAAAGUUAUGUAAUAUUAUUGGAUACAGCCACUGACACAAUAAAUUAAUGAGUUACGUGAGAAACUAAAGACUGAACUUUUUUUGUUUGUUUACCAAACCCUGUAUUUGCUAAAAACACAAGGAACAAACUGGCGUACAAAUCUGCAAACCAAGUGGCAUAUGUGGUCUUAACUGGAAUAACCAAGGAGGAGUUAACAUCAUGGAGAUCGUUACUCAUUUCAUUAAUGAUACAAUUCAGUUCUACACAUGGGGCCUUACCAUAGCAGACAAGCGGGUGGAGAAGUGGCCCCUAAUGCAGUCCCCUCUACCCACACUAGCAAUAAGCUCUCUAUACCUUCUCUUCGUCUGGCUGGGUCCAAAGUAUAUGCAGAACAGGGAGCCAUUCCAGCUGCGCUCCACGCUCAUCAUCUAUAACUUUGGGAUGGUGAUACUUAAUUUAUUCAUCUUUAAAGAGCUCUUUCUUGCUGCAAGAGCAGCUGGAUACAGCUACAUUUGCCAGCCAGUGAGUUACUCUGAAGAUGUUAAUGAAGUUAGGAUAGCGGGUGCCCUGUGGUGGUACUAUGUCUCAAAGGGAAUUGAGUAUUUGGACACUGUGUUUUUCAUCCUGCGAAAGAAAUUUAACCAGGUCAGCUUCCUCCACGUCUAUCACCAUUGCACAAUGUUCACUCUCUGGUGGAUUGGAAUCAAGUGGGUGGCUGGAGGACAAUCUUUCUUUGGAGCCCACAUGAAUGCUUCUAUCCACAUCAUCAUGUAUUUAUACUAUGGACUGGCAGCAUUUGGCCCACAAAUCCAGAAAUACCUAUGGUGGAAGAAAUACCUAACUAUAAUACAAAUGAUUCAAUUCCACGUCACCAUUGGCCACACAGCCCUGUCUCUCUACAUAGACUGCCAUUUCCCCAAGUGGAUGCACUGGGCCCUGAUUGCCUACGCUGUCACCUUCAUUGUCCUAUUCGCUAACUUCUACUACCAGACCUACCGGUACCCAAGGAAGGAGACGUCCUCCAAAGCAGGAAAGAUGGCUGUGAAUGGGGCCGUGUCCGUGACAAACGGGGUGAGCAAGCCAGAGAGCAAACUGGUGGAGAAUGGGAGGAAGAAGAAAAAGGGAAAAGCAAAGCGGGAAUGAGACGAGUAAGCAGGCCUUAUCGAAACAAGUGGCUUUAGAAAUGAGGAAACCUCCAAUUUUGAGAAGUGAAUGACAAAAGCUUUAACCAAGCUGUCUGCAGAGAUUGUUCUUUAACAUGUUGCAAAGGUGUUAAACGGAGGUUAUGUGUUUGUAAUCUGACACGUGUCUGUGGUUCAAAAGUCCAUAAAUACAAAUAUCCCAAAAUUAAAAUAAAUAAAUAAAUACAUUUAUAAAAACAGAGGAAAGAGUCAAAUAUCUGUCCUGACACAGUGUACUGUUUCUUUAAGCUGGCAUACAUUAAAGGGUACAUAAGGACCUUUUUAUUUUAUUGUGUUACAUGUUCCCAACUGUUUACGUAAGGUGUGUGUAUUGUUUUAUUUUUUUUUAUUAUUAUUUUUUUUUUACAUUUUGACCACUUUUUUAACUUUUAAAUUGCAUUUCCUGCCUCAAGAUGGCUUCCCAUGUACCCGCAUUGGACCUCUCAGAACUACAGAUGAGAUGUAAAAAAACAAUACAAAUAAAACAAUACAUACACCUUACAUAAACAGUUGUAGCAAGACAUGGGAACAUGUAACACAAUAAAAUAAAAAGGUCCUUAUGUACCCUUUAAGAAUAAAGUAAUACAACUCCAAACCUUAUUGAAGAGAAUGGGGCACCAAGAUCUUAAAGGGUUUUUGUUUUCUAUAUUUGUUUAAAUAUGUGAAGGAAUACCCUGAAUUUGCAUACUGUUGUAAUCAGUUUAUUACCCCAGUAUAUGUAGGUGUCAUUAAUCAUUAUUUAUAAAUGCCCCAUAAAUAUUUGCGACAUUUAAAAAAAAGUCACCAACAUAUUUUUCUGUUGGUACUGUUACUUUGAAAGCCACAUCUCUAAUAAUGUCAAUAUAAAACAGAACCACUUUGUAAUUUCUUUCCACUUGAAAUAGUGAGUUUGUUAGAAAUAUACCAGUGACUUUAUUAAACAUGCCAAAUACACAUGGAUGCAGAAACAGUAAUAUAUCAUGAUCAUAAACCGUAUCAUGGGAUAAGAAAUAAAUACAAAAUAUGUAUGCACAUUCAGAGUAUAAAGUAUGACUUUGUUAGGCUGGCCUGCUUGCAGCUGGAGGCAGCCUGGAUUAGAUGUUAGGUGUAACUUCUUAGCCACAUUAACAAGCAUUCCUAUGUGUUUAUUAUUCUUUUUUUUAAUCACUGUUAUGCUGAAGCCAGUCCACAGAUCUGUGUGUCAACGGGGCUGGAUCUGAUCUCCAUUAAGCAAGGAGGCACCUUUCCAAUUUCAGUCCCAUUUGUCAAGAGGAGGGAGAGAUAUAUUAUAGAUUGCUAAUCCUUUUUCCAGUUUUAUGUUUUGUGUGUAUAUAAAAAAUCUUGUGAGUAACAUAUUAAUCAACAUAAUUACAAUACUUUUGUUUGAAGCUUGCGGAAAAGACUAAAAAAGAAAAAAAAGAUUAUAGAUUACAUUUGAAACAGGGCCCUCUGUGUUGACGAGAGCAAGCUUGAAGGGAGAUCAUUACCACGUUACCCAAGCCUAGUUAAAGUUGCGUAUGCACCAAUGCGAAGUAGAAUGUCUGGUGCUUUUAACAGCAGCUUACCUAUUUGGAACUGUACUAGAAAAUAUGGGACAAUCUUACAUCUGCAUAUGUAUUUCCAAAUAUAGGGCAAAUGUUAAUACCCUUAAUUCCCUUAACACUAUUUUAGUAACUAAACAGCACAACAGUCGAUUAUGUAACUGGUACAUUGUUUUGAUGAACCAGUUAAAAAAAAAAAAAAGGUAUUUAUUGGAAAAUGUUACUUUUCAGACAACUGCAAAAAAAUAUAAUUGUCCUCAUUGAACAGCAGAAUUGUACCUUUUUGUUCAAAGAAAAAGCUGACAUAUACGCUGUGCUCGGAAACUACAACAUUUUAAACAUUGAGGGUCUACUGCUGUUUUGCUUUUUAUACUAUAAACAUGUAAAUCAAUGUCAUUUCCAACUUAAUUGUUAUGCAUGCAGUAAUUACUGGACAGACUCAUCGGGGUGUAUUGUGAAUGCAGUGCAGCAUUUUGCAUGUACAUUUUGAGCAUUGUUGUUGAAACACAAUUCACAGAGCGGUAUUCUAAAGGGAUUGUAAACAUUUGAAAGCAAGUUUAUUCAUUUUAGAUCAUUUCUCAUGUGACCAAAGCAUGAUGGAAAAGCCUAUAUGCAGACGGUACACUUCUUCAGCAAGUACUAGGCACUGUCUAUAUAUAUAUAAUGAUAGUUCAAACUGAACAAGCUUAUUGCACACUUCAUUAUAUCAAAGAAAACUGUCUACAUCCAGGUCUCUAUUACCACAAGUUAAUGAAUACCUAAAACAGUUACAGAUAGUGAUCUCGAUAGCAAAUUCAUCUGAAUGAUUUAAGAAUGCUGUUUUGGAUUCAUGUUCUCCCUUUCAGCAGGCAGUGCCAGCUUCAUCGUGCACAAUAGAAUGCCACCCUCAAUGCCCUUACAAUAUUACCAAAUAUUUAAAUAUACUGUUUUAGACAUAGUUUUCAAAUUUGUAUCUGUUACUCAUUUUUGUUUAAACUUACCAGAACAGCUAUAUCCAUACAAGUUUAUAAAACUUGCAUUAACAUACUUUAAUGUAUGCUAUUAUAUAUAUAUAUAUAUAUAUAUAUAUAUAUAUAUAUAUAUAUAUACAUAUACAUAUACAUAUACAUAUAUACUUGUGCAUUUCUAAGAACAUAGCUACAGACGCCAUUAAUAGUUUUUACCUUCUGAUGAUGUUUUCGGUCAUUAUGAAUGGGAAAGCAAUUACAAAACACAGUUUAGAUUGAUCCACAGAGAAGAAUGACAAACAAUAUUGGAGAAACAGGACUUGGAACCAUUUGGAAUGCUUGCGAUUUUCUUUAUUCUCUGCUGUGUAGUUUUAGCUCCAUUGUCAUGAUCUUCUAAACUCAGUCCUUAGGUAUGGUAUGACCAUGAUAUAUAUAUAUGAAUAGGUUAAAUAAGGAACUUAGAAUCAGUAAUAUGAUUUGUUAAAGGCAUAUCAUUAAUUUUUUUGCUGGUCCUCUAAUUUGGAAACCCUGAUUUUACUGAUUUUAAAUAAUGUGUUUUAAUACUUAAUGUCUAUAGAUGUAAAUGUCAUUUUAUAGUCUCCCUGUACUUUCUGAAUGUGUCAUAUCAGACGUUGUUGGUUUUGUUUUUUUGCAAUUGAUGCAUAUCAGUUUGACAAGGCAAAUAUAUUGAAUGAUGCUGUUCGGAAUUGUGUUGUUUCUGUUUAUAAUAACAAAAAUAAGUCUUGUAUUUGCUGUGUAAUUGAGAGGAUUGUACAUUUCAGAAAUGUACAAAAAUGUAAAACUCUCUUAAACAAUGCUGUUCAGCAUUAUGAAGAGCAGUUAGAAACCAGAAGUAUUUUUUUUUAAAUACUGAUGACCAUCAAUCUGUAAAAAUUGUCUCAUUGCUGCAACUACAAUGUAAAUAAACAGAAUGCCAAUCUGUUUGCUUCA